GACCAAUUUCGUCAAAAACUUAGAUUAUUCGACAUAUUUAAAUUCUUACUUAAUAAUUAUUGUAACUAUUUCUUAUUUAGCAUUAUACAAGAUUCAAUUAAGCAAGCUACUAUUACACUUUUUCUAGAACAUCGAAAACAAUAUGAACAAUAAUAGUUAAUAUGAAUUAACAUAAAUUUUGCAGUAAGUCAAUGGUGUGCAUAUAACCUGCCAUCUAUAAAUUUGAAAUAUUGCCAUUGCAUUUAUAUAGACAUACUACAACAUCCAUUCACCAAUUAAAAUGCCAAGUGCAACUGCUCCUAUUGCAGCAGAAGUUGAAUCCACUUCACAUUCAGACCAGAAGCCCCAAAUUGGAGUAACUGGUCGUAAAAUUGUUUAUGAUAAAGAUGGUAAACCUUGUCGAACUUGUAAUACUUUACAAGACUUCCAAUUUGUUACAGCUGGAAUGAAACCAAAGUUAACAUCUCCGCCCCCUUCUACUUCUAACAAAACAGUUUCAGAAUCAGCCAUUGCAUCUCCAGUAGAUACAUCUAACAAGAUAGCUGGAGGUUAUGCUAAAGAUUAUCCACCAGAUGUUCUGGAAUUGGGAAGAUCCUCAUGGACAUUAUUACAUUCCAUUGCUGCUACUUAUCCUGAGAAUCCAAGCACCAAGGAACAACAAGAUUUAAAACAAUUUGUUAAAUUAUUUGGAAAUUUCUAUCCGUGCUGGUUUUGUCGAGACGACUUUGUCAAAUAUAUAGAUAAGAAUGAACCUAAAGUUGAAACUCAAGAUAAUUUUGGUAAAUGGUUAUGUGAAGCUCAUAAUGAGGUAAAUGUUAAAUUAGGUAAGCCUAAAUUUAAUUGUAAUUUAUGGAAACAGAGAUGGAAAAAUGGUUGGGAUAACGAUGAUAAUUGAUUAUCAAUAAAAAUUACUGUAUAUAGAGAUAAUACGAUAAUCCUUUAGACUGUAAAUAGAAUAAGAACUCAUAAAAGUAAACUAAAAC